CGUGGCCCGAGAAAAGCGAGCGAAUAAUCGCACGCGCGUUGUUAUGGCGAAAGUUUUUCGGGUGCCCGGCCGAAACACGCCCUUGUACCCCACCUGAUUCGGCGAAAUGUCCAUCUCGCUCGCUUAGUCGUUCGGCCUAUAUAAGAAUUCGGCUACGAAACGUUCGACACGCAUUUGCCUUCGUACGUCGUCGACGAACAUUCUACGAAACAACCCGAUUCUCUACGCCUUACAAUGUUCUCCAAGAUCGUAAUUCUUGUGGUCGCUUGCUGGGUGGCAUCGAGCAAUGCCGGUUUCUUGGCACCUCUACCCAGCCCCGCGCAAUACACCUUGACGACCGCAGCCUUGACAUCCACAUCCGACAAUAUUCUUCGCAGUUCUGGAAAUCUGGCUCAGAUCGCUACCCAAUCGAAAACGAUUUCCACACCGUUCUCCAGCUCCAGCAAAUCCGAUAUCCGCGUAACGAACCCGGCCAUCUACGCGCACGCUGCACCCUUCGCACAUGUGGCGACACAAUACGCGGCACCUCUUGCCGCCGCCGCACCGAUCGCUCAUUCUAACCAGCUCCUCGGUGUUGCUUACUCGCCGGCGGUUGCUGUUUCGCACAUGGCUUACAGCAGUCCUAUCGGUGUCUCGUACUCCUGGUAAUUCGACCAUUGCCUCGUUUCUUCGAUAGAUAAAACGCGGUAAUAUUUCACCAAUGUACUUCUACCGCAAAUACCGACCUGUA